UGCAUAGUGACCCUGUUCCUCUUCUGUUGGUUCAUCGCUGGUAACGUUUGGGUUUACUCCGUUUACCAGCCCAGCUACAUCAAGAAUGCUACGGAUGUGAGCUCCUACUGCAACAAGACGCUCUACCUGGUCGCCUUCUCGGUCAUCACGGCGCUCAACAUCCUUCUGGGUCUCUUACUUCUGUUAGCUACCUGCUGUGCCCUCUGCAUUUACUGCUGCAUUUCAUCCUUCCAGACCUGUUUCUCUAACAUCAUCCAUGCCGACGAUGACGUCCCUGCCGACGAUGACAUCUCUGGCGAUUCUGCAGAAUAAGUUUAAAGCGGGGUCCCUCUGAAUUGAUGGUUGCGCAUCAGUUGAAGCUUUUAGUUUCUGUUGUGUUGGCCCUCCAGGGCCCGUAUCUGUCAUUACAUAAAAUUACUUUCAACGCUCAGAGGAAUUAUCUUAAAUCCCCCAAAAAAAACAGAACCAGUUCCACCGCGUUGAUGUUUACACCUGCUGUAUCUCCUACCUUUACUCCUAGGUGACGGGUUUUAACACUGCUUGUGGACGUCUUCAUUGUCCACUUUGCUGUAUAUUGUGCAAUACUGUGAAUGAAUGAGUAUUUGAAUUUCUGUUUGACUUUCUAUAUCAGCCAUGCUGAUAGCUAUGUUUGGUGAGGGGUUUACAUCUUGAGCUUUAUACAGAGAGCAAGAGAAAAUGCGUUUCAUUAAUUUAUUGAUGGUUAUAUGGUUUUAUUGGCAAUGACAUUAAACACAAUGAUAAAGAGGGAUCUAAAAUGCUGAAAAAUAUCAAAAUCUCACAAAUGGCAGCUGAUUUUUAUUAAAGAAGAGCACGAGGCAGUUUACUUUUAAAGGGGCAGUUAUUUUUAUAAUGGCUCUGACACGAAUACAGUUUUUACAAUAGAAAAACUUUAAAAUCAUGAAAAAGUGCUUUUGAUCAGCUUUAGAGACAAAAGGUGCCAGUUACCACAAAUAACCACAUUUUAUUAAAAAUGCAUUAGGAACAUGUUUUUGUUGUCCUCCUCUGCUUGUUUUUAUCUAACGUGGAAACAAUCCUACAGACUAAUGUACACAUGUGCCCUUCAUGCCUCUUCCUCCUCCAUCUUGGUCUUACUGGUGUAGAGCUCAGCUACCAGGCUGCAAAAAUAAAAAAAUAAA